UGUAUGAGGCUAUUUGAUCAUAUUCAGUCUCUAUACGAGCAUGAACUGUAUGAAGAUCUCGUAUUCCUCCAUGAAAUGAUUCCCAAUUGGGACAGCCUGAGCGCGAAGAAUGAGGCUCUCAUGGCAGUUUAUGUAGCGGAUGCCUAUUUCGAACUGGAGAAGUACUCCCUGAGCCUGCUGAGCUACUUUCGAGCGUUGCAGUUGUAUCCCGAAGUAUCCCGUUCUAUUCAUAACAAGCACUUCUCAGACACUGAGGUCAGAUUUCGAUAUCACAAGUGCUUGGUAAAGGAGAAGAAGUACGAGGAAGCAUUGGCUGUCUUGGCCAAAAUACCAGGCCACCAAUAUAUUCCGAAAGUGCGUUAUGCGAUGGCAAAACUUCUUGCUGGUAAAGAUCACAAGGGUGCCAACAUGUCAAUAUUGUAUCUUCAGGACGUCUUCGCAAAUUGCAAUAGUGCUUUUGGUUGUUUGGCUACUGUUCUCAGAGCUGGCGCUCCUAUUGCAGCGAACAUGGAUAUCGAUGCAAUUGGCGAAGGUCUAGAAGGUUCAGGUGCUGCCAACCUUACGACUUGGCUUGAGGCACAGAAGCUUCUCGGAGCUGGACAAACAGAACAAGCUCUGAAGAUCAUGUCGCUUCUAGGAACCAAUAAUCCGAAAAUUCUAACCGAAAUGGGUCUAGUAUACAAUAGCUUAGGAAUGCGUCACGAAGCUCGCUCUGAAUUAGCCAAGGCUCAUUCCCUAGACAGCGAGCAGCACUAUGCCAUGGAUACGUUAGCUCUUCUAUUUGCACAGAAUACACCGCCUAUGGUAAAGGAGUUAGAAUCGUUGGCGACUCAGUUGAUGAAUUCGGACGAAAACACUGUUGAAGCUUGGAUAGCUUUCGGACACUGCGCGCGGUGUCAAGGAAAGCUUAAAACGGCAUUGUAUUUCGCUUACAAAGCUUGUAACAAGACCACGCUUGGUGAUAAACCGAAAUCUGAAGCGAUGAUUCUGAAAGCACUUGUACUGCUAGACCUCGAGAAAUUUGAUGAUGCAAUGCGUCAUUUGAGUGCAGCCAUCAAGCGAGAUCUCAAGAACAUAGAUUUGUAUGAAUUGCAAAUUGUUACCUAUUUGCAGCGAGACAAGAUCCGUGAAGCUCGUGCCGCUGUUGCCAUUUGUAUGCAGAACCUUCCGAACUCACCCAGAGCGCGUGUUCUAAAAGCCCAAGUAUUGCUUGCCACUCCAAGUGGUAAAGAGGUGACUCAUAACUAA